AUGGAUAGCCUUGGCGGUUUUCCUGUCAUCUUCAAGGAUCGUUCCAAAUACAGUCACUACAAAGCUGGAUUGGACAUUGACUUGAGCCCAAUGUUCCCUGGAGAAAAGAUUUCCGUUGCCGCCUGGAAGGAAUCUGUUCGCAUCGAUGUCAAGAAUGGUUCCAAAGCCUCUUUUGGAAAGUCAGUCGGCAUCCUAGGUAAAUUCGAGUCCGGUAGAACCUUGAGCCGCAAGGGUGCUUUGAUGGAUGACUUUGUUGAAUGUGGUCAAGAGUGGCAAGUUCUUCCUACCGAACCCAUGCUCUUUCAUGAGACUUCUGUACCACAAUUCCCUGCCAAAUGUGUUGAACUAGAAGAUCCACAGGGUGAACGCCGACGCCGCCGACUGGACGAAUCUGGUAUCAAGGAAAAGGAAGCCGAGGCAGCUUGCGCGAGGCUCGAAGAUCCAUCGGAUCGCAAAGGCUGCGUUUAUGACAUUAUUGUAACUCAAGACUUGGAUAUUGCCGGCGCGUACUAA